ACCCUCUCUCUCCUCUCUCUCUCUCCUCUCUCUUUUUCUUUAAUUUUUCUCGAAACCCCAUUUGCAUACACACACAAUUUAACAUAAAUAACAAUAAAAAAUAGCACUUCAUUCAAAAAAAUUCUAUCUUUUUUCCUUUUUCUCCUUAAAAAAGCCUUUUUUUUUUGGCACUGUAAUGGAAUUGUGAAGAUUUAUACAUAUUUUUUUAGUAUCACUAAACUGUUUGACUAUGCAAUCUUCAAAAAUUCACACUUUGUCUUCUUCACUACAACUCUUCUCCCUUUUCUCUCUCUGCUCUUUUCAUGGCUAUGGGUGGUGGUGUUGUUGAAGUGAUUAAGAGCAAGGGUUGUUCAAGACUAUUUGUUGGGAUUUCUUCUCCAUUGAAUUCUUUUAAAGGUCUUCAACCAGUUGAGCCACCAAUGUCCCCUGCUUCCUCCUCUGUUGGGUCUGAACGAGUUGUUCUCAGAUCAACUGGACCUUUUAAUGGUCUUGUUAUAUGCGUUACUGGACUUUCCAAAGAAGCAAGAAAUCAAGUAAAGGAAGCAACUGAAAGAUUAGGUGGGCAGUACAGUCCUAAUUUGCAUCCACAAUGUACUCAUUUGGUGGUUCAAAGUUUUGGUGGACGCAAGUUUGAGCAUGCUUCGAAACAUGGAUCAAGGAAUGGUCUCUUUAUUGUUACACUUGGAUGGUUUGUAGAUAGCGUAAGGAAGAACGUUAGGCUUAGUGAAUCGCUUUAUAGGAUCAAAAGCAUUGGGGAAAAUAAGGCUUUGGAUGAUUGGAAUCGGCUUAAUGGCUUCACCGGUGCUGAGAACUCUUGCCUACCUGCUGGAGUUCGUGGAACAUUGCACUCCGAGACUAGUGAAGAACAACAUGGACGGUUUUCUGGGAGAGCCUCCGAGAGAAAUGAUGACUACGCUCUAUCCGGUCACUCCUUGUAUAUCGAUUUGGAUAUUUCAACCGAGCUUAGGAAUAAGGUUAUCGAGGCUGCUAGUAGAGAAGGUGCCACAUUUGUAGAUAAGUGGUUCGCCGGUUGCCAUGCCAGUCAUGUUGUGUGUGAAGGAUCUUCACUCCGGAGAUAUCUUGGCCACACUACCAAUCUUGUUACUCCACUUUGGGUUCUGAAAACAGCCAAGGAAAAGUAUGAGCAAAGGCUUGUGCAUAUGUCAACUGAUUUGGCCAGGCAAGUCAAUCUAAUGCUUGAAGAUUUUCACAAUGGCAUUGCAAAGGAGGUAUCGAAAACGAUUAAUAUCCCUGAAGAUGUUCCAACUUUUGCAAGUAAACCAAGUUUUGUAGAAAGGCAACAGAUUGCAAAUUCUGCUAAAAAUGGAGUCAGAAAUCGCCGUGGUCGUCGAAUGCAGACUUGUCAAACCCCGAUGCGUCCAAUAACUCCUACAACUCUUCUCGAUUCGAUUUCCUGGUCAAUAUCUGAGCCAACUUCUACAGUUUCUAUUUACACCGAUUCUUUCAGCGCUGGAGAUGGCAGCGAACAACAUACACCUCAAUUCUUUGAUGCAAAAGGAGAUGGCAAAGAUUCCGAAGCUUCCUUUGCAAAUUUGACUCGGCCUCUCACCGAAAGUGAGAAAUCUGAAGUGAUAUUCAAGAACAAUUUUCUCACCGUGUUGUUUCCCGUUGAUCGAUUUUCUGAGAUGGGGCCGUCUUCAAGAACAUUUUUCAGUGAUGAUGGCUUCACUUGCUUGCAGGUGUUGGAUCAUAUACAUGCAUUUUAUCAGGAAAACAUGUCAGUUCAUGAAAUAACAGCUGCAAUCCACACAGACUCGAGGCAUGCUGACCGCCUUCGAGCAAUCUACUCGAGUAAAGAAACAACAGAGAAGGGCUAUGUGAUAUUCAAACGCGUGGAGUUUUUAGGGAGUCGAAGAAGUUUCGAAAUGUUGAAGCGUGUUAAUGGAGACAAUAACAGUAAUGUUUAUGAGCUUUUGAUCAGAGCAUGAGAUGAUUGGAGAAUGAGCCUUAUUUUGGGUGCAACAAGACAUGUUUGAAGAACACCAUUUGUUUUUGUUUUUUCAAUACUAGAUGGCCUACCAAGCUAUGGAGUACAAAUGUUUAAGUGUGCCAUACAUAUAUAUAUAUAUGAUAUAUUCUUGUAAUACAUAUAUGUAAAGAUUAAUUGUGAAUAAGUCAGAUCUUUUGUUUGCUGUGAGUUAAUUCUUUCAAGGGGAAAAUAGAAAAAAGUAGUGUUCUUAGUUA